GUUGAGUUUUGACCGCCGAUCGCGAAACACGACAAUCCGGCAUCGACGGGAGAGAAAAAAAAAAUCAAGCGCGCGCGCAAGUCUUCCAAAAACCAAUAAACGAUAACGGAUAAAAAAGAAGAAGAAGAAGCAGGGUAGUGAAGAGUGCUUGCGUAUUUUGGAUUUAUUUUAUUUAUUUUUCGCGUUCCAUAAUAAGAAAAAGAGCAUUAAAAACCCACUUCACCAUGACCGCGAAGACGACGACGUUGGCACGCAGGCUGGUCCCCGGGUGCUGUUUGCUGCUGCUGCUGGCUUCGGCCGUCGUUUUGGCACAGGAAGACGGAGGUUACGACGACGAGGACGACCGCGGCCAGCGAUCGCACCCGAAAAACGACGACAGCCUGGACGCCGCGAACGCCACCAUCCGGUGCUGGUACUGCGUCGGCCGGUUCCGAACGUGGGCCGACUGCCAGCGCGUCAACGAGGUCGACUACUGCGAGCCGGAACAGCCGGGCGGUGAGGUGCGCUGCCUGACCAGCUCGAUCCUGAUCGAGAAGGCCAACGGGGACCGCAAGUGGCACCGGUACGCCGGCUGUGCGCUCAACGAGACGGCCCUCCAGGAUCUGUACCUGGAGACGUUCGAGGUCAGCUUCAACCAGACGUCCGCGAUGGGACCGAACAUUACGCUGCAGGAGUACAACGUGUGCUCGGGCGCGCUCUGUAACGUGAUGGACCAGGAGGCGUUCCGGCGGGGCAGUGGCCGCGUCGUCAAGCUGACCAUGCCCGGAGCGGCCUCGUUGGCCGGUAUCAACCCGUUCGUGACGGUUUUGACGGCGCUUUUGGGGGUGGUCUUUGCGAUGAAAUAAAGUGCUCAAGUGCGUGUACAACAAGUGCCAAA